AGUUCUUGAAGGUCAGAGAGUGUGAAGAGAAAGAAACAGGCCUGCUGUUAAAGGACAAAUACAGAAGAGACAAAGAGAAAAACUUCAGCUCAACAGAGAGGGAAGGCAAUCUCUAAAGAGAAACAUUUUUAAGUAGUGUUGAUAUUAAUAUUUUUUGGAAUUUCAACACUAUUCUGUGUCUGUACUGUGAGCUCAGGCUUUUGCCUGUUUAAGUGCAGACGGACAUCCUAAAACAGGAAUUCACAAAAGUAUGGCUCUGACUAGCAAAACAGUGGCACAGCUUGCACAAGUGAGACGAUACCUUGCAAGUCAAGCUGCAGCUGCCCAUGGUGAAGGGAAGGCAGGUCGCACAUGGAAGAUUCUUUCCUUUACUGUGGCUAUUCCAGGGGUCUGUGUCUGUAUGCUGAAUGCCUGGUUGAAGAAACACCAUGAACAUGAAACGCCAGAAUUCAAGGCGUACAAGCACUUGCGUAUACGUACCAAGCCAUUUCCAUGGGGUGAUGGAAACCAUACCUUUAUCCAUAACCCUCACGCCAACCCACUGCCAACAGGUUAUGAGGAAACUGGAAGCAAACACUGAAAAGCUAUGUCAUGAGGAUACUUUAAAAACUUUAUAAAACACAGCAUAGUACUAAUGGUAAAUUCAUUCAUAAGCAUUUCUGCUGUGAUUUAAAUAAAGCUACAUGUAACUGAUAA